AUGAAUCCCUACGACGGGAUCCCUAACACCAGGCCGUCGGCCGCCGACUCAGCCGAGAAACUUUAUAGCUCCAUCAGCAAGGCAUUUCCUGGCGUCGUAACCGAUUUCGAGGCCAAAUGGAAGGCUUGGCAGACCACAUGGUUCCCCACCAACAGCCCUUCAUUCAGCGCCUCGGACUGUUGCCAGGUGCCUGAGUUUGAUAAUCUUGUGGCGCUUGGGCCAAAGAUCGUCCCACUCGUCGUAUACAAGCUGGCGAGCACUUCCGAGAACUUUAUAGCUGUCAAUCUAUAUAACGAACUCGAGAAGGAUAAGGACUACCUAGUAGACCCCAACGACGUCCUCAACUAUAACGUCCUACAGCGCCAGGCUAAUCUGAUCGUCGAUAUAAACUACGAGCGUAAUAAGCUCGUCCAGGCCCGCAUUGAGGCCUGGGAGGCACACUGCACGCAGAGCCACGUCCAUAGCAACUCGGGUAUGUAUACCGAAUGCGACGACUAUGCCAGACUGCUCGAGCUCGGCGGCAGCAUCAUCGCCCACCUCAUGCUCGCGUACGCCAAGGACCCCUCGGGCUUCUGGUUCGAGCUCCUGCACGAGACGGUGCACGGCCUUGGAAAGAAGACGGGCCUGCGGACCAUCGAUUUCAAGGAGCAGUAUGCCGCGUGGAAUGAGUGGUUCCAGAAAGGGGAACACGACGAGGCACCCUGGUGGAGCAACGGUAUUCGGGCCGUCGCUGAGUAG